AUGCUCAUGGUGUCCACCACCUCAGCCGUGCCCCAGGCCCCGUCUCGACCCACCCCACCCGGCAACGGCAGCGGCAGCGAGGAGGCGCCGCGGGCUGCCCGGGACCCACUGCUGGCGCAGGCGGAGCUGGCCCUGCUCUCCACGGUCUUCGUGGCCGUGGCCCUGAGCAACAGCUUGGUGCUGGGGGCCCUGGUGCGGCGGGGCCGGCGGGGCCGCUGGGCGCCCAUGCACGUCUUCAUCAGCCACUUGUGCCUGGCCGACCUGGCCGUGGCUCUGUUCCAAGUGCUGCCCCAGCUGGCCUGGGACGCCACCGACCGCUUCCGUGGGCCCGAUGCCUUGUGCCGGGCUGUCAAGUACCUGCAGAUGGUGGGCAUGUACGCCUCCCCCUACAUGAUCCUGGCCAUGACGCUGGACCGCCACCGCGCCAUCUGCCGCCCCAUGCUGCCACACCGCCACGGAGGCGGCGCGCGCUGGAACCGGCCGGUGCUGGUGGCCUGGGCCUUCUCCCUUCUCCUCAGCCUGCCCCAGCUCUUCAUCUUUGCGCAGCGUGACGUGGGAGACGGCAGCGGGGUCCUCGACUGCUGGGCCCGCUUCGCCGAGCCCUGGGGCCUCCGGGCCUAUGUCACCUGGAUCGCCCUGAUGGUGUUUGUGGCACCUGCCCUGGGCAUCGCCGCCUGCCAGGUGCUCAUCUUCCGGGAGAUUCAUGCCAGCCUGGUGCCAGGGCCAGCAGAGAGGGCCGGGGGGCACCGCAGAGGGCGCCCGAAGGGCGGUCCCAGCGAGGGAGCCCGGGUGUCGGCAGCCGUGGCCAAGACCGUGCGGAUGACACUGGUGAUCGUGAUUGUGUACGUGCUGUGCUGGGCGCCCUUCUUCCUCGUGCAGCUGUGGGCAGCGUGGGACCCGGAGGCACCUCGGGAAGGGCCCCCCUUCGUGCUGCUCAUGCUGCUGGCCAGCCUCAACAGCUUCACCAACCCCUGGAUCUACGCCUCCUUCAGCAGCAGCGUCUCCUCUGAGCUGCGAAGCCUGCUCUGCUGUGCCCGGAGGCGCGCCACACCCAGCCAGGGGCCCCAAGAGGAGUCCUGCGCCACAGCCAGCUCCUUCCUGGCCAAGGACACCUCCUCCUGAGAAACGACGGGGUGCC